UCUUAAUUUUUAAGCAGUAAUUUAAAACAUUAAGUAAAUUAAACGAAAUAUUUUCAGGCGAAAGAUCUCCUUCCCAGGCCUAAAGCAGGUGAACCAUACCAAGCUCGCAUAGCACCGAGUCACUUGAAUGUCUUUCUCAAUUUAGCGAAUCUUAUUUCGAGAAAUGGAUCCAGACUGGAAGAAGCAGAUGCGCUGUAUAGGCAAGCCAUUAGCAUGAGAUCGGAUUACAUUCAAGCUUAUAUUAAUCGAGGUGACAUCUUGUUAAGAUUGAAUAGGACUCAAGAGGCACAAGCUGUUUACGAAAAGGCACUUCAAUUUGAUGACAACAAUCCAGAUAUUUACUACAAUUUAGGAGUCGUAUUUCUUGAACAAAGAAAAAUGGAUCAAGCGCUAUUUUAUUUCAAUAAGGCUCUGAAGAUCAAUCCUGAGCACGAACAGGCUUUGCUGAAUUCUGCAAUUUUAAUACAAGAAACUGGGAGUCCAAACCUACGGAAGACAGCUUAUGAUAGACUAAACAUUCUCCUUCGAAGAAAGCGUGUGAAUGAAAGAGUUUAUUUCAAUCUCGGAAUGCUUGCGAUGGACGAAAAGAACACAACGUUAGCUGAACAGUGGUUUCAAAAAGCUGUACAGAUAAGAGAAGACUUCAGAAGUGCUCUUUUUAAUUUGGCUUUGCUGUUAUCCGAAGCUGGUCGACCAAUGGAAGCAAUACCUUUUUUAAACAGACUUCUUAAGCAUCAUCCUGAUCACAUUAAGGGCUUAAUUCUUCUCGGUGAUAUCUACAUCAACAGCGUUAGAGACCUGGAUACUGCUCAAGAAUGCUACAUGAGUAUCCUACGUCAAGAACCUGGGAAUGUACAAGCAUUGCACAAUCUUUGCGUUGUUCAUGUUGAAAGAGGGCAUUUAAAGGAAGCUGAAGAAUGUUUAGAAAAGGCCUCAGCUAUGGCACCGCAAGAAAAGUAUGUCCGAGAUCACUUAGAAAUCGUCCGUGCAAGACGAAAACUUGGUCCUCCCACAGUUACUGACAGGACGGUUAAUAACAAUAAACUCCAUCCAAUUAGGUAGCUCUAACCUUCAAAAUCCAUUUCAGCUAUCUAUUUGAUUGGCGAAUAUCAAGUUGAAUCUAUAAACAGUAUGCACGUAUGGUGAACAUGUUGAUGCUUAAACCCUAUACUGCACUUUUCGGUGUAAGAUCACUUAAACUGACAAGAAAUAUAAAUUUCUAAUUUGCGUAUGGAUAGAGAGAUGUGUGGUUAUCUCAAGCAACAUUGAGCGUAAUGUUUCACCAAAUGUAAGUUUUGAUGAACUUCAAUGGACUGCUCAACAUAUAAAAGUUUAGAAUGCAAAUAAAAUGUUUUUAAAUAUA